ACUUUAUUCAGUUGACAGCAAGUAGGAGGGCUCUAUGGCAGGGGAAAAAAAGACAACACGAGAAAAAUUAGUAUUUUCUACCUUCAGAAAUUAAUGGCCAUGAGUUCGUAUAUGGUGAACUCUAAGUAUGUGGAUCCCAAAUUUCCUCCUUGCGAGGAAUAUUUGCAGAAUAGCUACCUAGGCGAGCAGGGGGCCGAGUACUACAGUGCCUCGCAGGGCUCUGAUUUCCAGCACCAGGGACUCUACCCACGGUCAAACUACAGCGAGCAGCCCUUUAGCUGUAGCAAUGCCCAAGGCUCUGCCGUGCAGCCGCGGGGUCACGGACAGGAGCAAUCCGGCCCAGCGAGCCACUUCCCCGGCCAAGCAGAGCAUUGUCCACCGCCUCCAAUGUCCAACACGCGAGCCUGCAGCCAGCAGCCGGCCCUCAAACCCCCAAACGGGUCAGCACUUAAGCAGCCAGCAGUAGUUUAUCCCUGGAUGAAGAAAGUCCAUGUUAACUCGGUGAAUCCCAAUUACAACGGAGGGGAACCUAAACGCUCCCGCACAGCUUACACCAGACAGCAAGUCCUAGAACUGGAAAAAGAAUUUCAUUUUAACAGGUACCUGACCAGGCGCCGCCGUAUCGAGAUAGCCCACACUUUGUGUCUCUCUGAGCGCCAGAUCAAGAUCUGGUUUCAGAACAGAAGAAUGAAGUGGAAAAAAGAUCACAAACUGCCCAACACGAAGGGCAGGUCUUCUUCCUCUGGUUCAAACCCCCAUUUACAGACUGGUUCCAAGGACCGUCAGACUGACUUGACAACUUUGUAGAAGAGGUGAAAUUUUCCAUUUCAUCCUUCGCUUCUGACCAGUACUGUACAUAACUGACACUGCCCAAGCAGAACCUGCAUGUAGCAGCUAAGGACUCGAGAAACUGUCAUCUUUCUUUAAGGUACUGUUGUACAAAGGAGACAAAAUGACGCUACUUUGGACUUUAUUUUAUUUGCCACUGCUAGCACAACCUAAAAAAGGAAAAAAAAAAGGGGGGGGAAAGAAAGGAAAAAAAAAACCAUCAUGCAGGCAGUGGGAAUUGGGAAAAUAUUAAACGAGACCUUCUGUCCAUAAAAAGUAAUAAAUCAUUGAAAAUGAAACUGUCCUGUGUUUCAGUUUUGAAUUCGAAAGUGAAGGUUUGAUGCUUUAUUCUGGGAUUUUUACUUUUAAUUGUCUUUUUAUCCCGUGCAAUUUCGGGAGGAUGCAUUUGGGCAAGUUGAGGACAGGAAAUUUGUAGCAUAGUCUUUUAUUUGAACAUAAAGGCUAGUAAUUGUGAACUUUUUGUGCUGCUUUACCUUUCUUGGUGUAAUGAAAAUAAUUGCUCAUUUCCAUAACGUCUCAGAAGAUGUGCAUAGGAAUAAGUGAAAACGGGUUAUUUUAUGUACUGAUGGUGUUAGCAUAUUUAUUUAUUUGUUACGUAGAAGAGUG